CGCACCAGGAAAAGGAAAUACUUUGCAUUAAUUUUCUUUCCUCUUCUUCAAGGUCUGCACUCUUACCUGAUAGUAACGGCUACACAGAGAAUAACAAGAAAGAAAAGCUGGUUCUUUAUCGCUGAAUCUCAAGAAAGUUUUUCCGUUGCCAAACUCGCAAAACCCUGGUUUUUUCCGUUGCCAAACUCGCAAAACCCUGGUUUCUUGGUUUUGUUUUCCCAUGGAAGAUAUUCAGUUCACCGCAAUUCAACAAGGCCCAAAAAUCCCAUGCCCCGAUUUCUCUGUUUCUUGGGUUCUUGAUGCGGAGAAAGAUGAAAUCUCGAACAAGGAAAGUGAAGAUUCUGCGAUCGACGAAUGUGAAGACUCUUUGUUCGAUUCUGUCAUUUGUGACCCGGACUCGAGACUGAUACCUACAGGGUUCACCAGAUGUAAUUGUACAGAUGAAAUACUGAUGUUUGUAAAUGCUGGAGGUGAGGAUUUAAAGGAUGCAGGUUCUAGUGCGGAAUUUCUGGGGGACAGAUAUUUUGAAGGAGGAAAUGUCCUAAAAACUAAUGAACUUAUCAAUGAGGCUGGAGAUUUUCCUUUCAUAUAUCAAUCAGCAAGAUUAGGAAACUUCUGUUACCGGUUCAAAAGUCUGCCUUCUGGGGAGUAUUUUGUUGAUCUUCAUUUUGCAGAGAUCAUAAACACCAAUGGACCUAAGGGAAUGAGGGUAUUCAAUGUGUACAUGCAGAUAGAGAAGGUCUUAUCAGAAUUUGAUAUCUUCUCUGUUGUUGGAGCUAAUAAGCCAUUGCAAGUGGUUGGUACGAGAGUCAAAGUUAAGGGGGAUGGGAUACUAAUUAUAAGGUUCGAAGGGGUCAAUGGAAGCCCAAUGGUUUGUGGGAUUUGUGUGCGGACAGCACCAAAGGUUUCGGAUCCACAGGUUCCACACGAAUAUCUUAAAUGCCUCAACUGUGCUGCUCCAAUUGAGAUUUCUUCAGCUCAGAAGAAAUUUGGCCGAGCUAAAGCUACAGAGAAGUAUGAAAAAAAGAUACAAGAGCUUACUUUUCAGUGCCAGCUUAAGGCCAAUGAAUGCCAUGAGGCAUGGAUGUCUUUGACUUCAGCAACUGAACAAUUGGAGAACGUUAGAAUGGAACUUGACAACAAAACUUUUCAAGCACGUUCUCUUGAUGAAACUGUGGUAAAACAAGGCCAGGAUCUAAGGGCCAUUAGUAAGAGGUAUGAGGAGGAUAAGAAGAACUGGGCUACUGCAAUCAGUGAUUUACAAGAGAAAAUAACUAGAAUGAAGAAUGAGCAUGCCCAGCUCUCUCGAGAAGCUCAUGAAUGUGCUGAUUCUAUACCUGAGUUGAAUAAAAUGGUGGUUGGGGUUCAGGCAUUACUUGCACAAUGUGAGGAUCUCAAGUUGAAGUAUAGUGAAGAGCAAGCAAAGCGAAAGGAGCUUUACAAUCGAAUUCAAGAGACUAAAGGCAAUUCAUUAUUAAAUAUCAGGUAAUAUUAGGGUUUUUGCCGGUGCCGUCCGCUGAGAAAGGAUGAGAUAUCCACUGGAUGUGCAACAGUUGUGGACUUUGAUGCUGCAAAAGAUGGAGAGCUUGGUGUCCUGAUGGGUGGCUCCACCAAGAAAAAUUUCAAAUUUGACAGAGUGUACACACCAAAAGAUAAUCAAGUCGAUGUCUUUGCGGAUGCCUCCCCGCUGGUGAUUUCAGUGCUCGAUGGGUACAAUGUCUGUAUAUUUGCUUAUGGGCAAACAGGUACGGGAAAGACAUUUACAAUGGAGGGAAUUGAGCAGAAUAGGGGAGUCAAUUACAGGACUCUUGAGCAACUCUUUAAAGUUACCAAGGAAAGGAACGAAACUUUUACAUACAAUAUAUCUGUUAGCGUGCUUGAGGUCUACAAUGAACAGAUAAGAGAUCUUCUGGCUACAUCUCCAUCAUCCAAGAGGUUGGAGAUAAAGCAGUCUUCUGAAGGGUCUCAUCAUGUUCCUGGAAUCACAGAAGCCAAGGUUGAUAACAUCAAGGAAGUUUGGAAUGUUCUGCAAGCUGGCAGCAAUUCUAGAGCUGUUGGAUCCAAUAAUGUGAAUGAACAUAGUAGUCGAUCACACUGCAUGCUCUGCAUAAUGGUGAGAGCCAAGAAUUUGAUGAGUGGUGAAUGCACCAAGAGCAAGCUUUGGCUUGUUGAUUUGGCAGGCAGUGAGAGACUUGCAAAAACUGAUGUACAGGGUGAACGGCUCAAGGAAGCUCAAAACAUUAAUAGAUCCCUUUCAGCUCUAGGAGAUGUAAUACAUGCUUUGGCAACAAAAAGUAGUCAUAUUCCAUACAGGAACUCAAAGUUGACACAUUUACUUCAAGAUUCGUUAGGAGGUGAUUCAAAAACUUUAAUGUUUGUGCAAAUUAGUCCUUCGGAGCAGGAUCUGAGUGAAACUCUGAGUUCACUAAAUUUUGCAACUCGAGUUAGAGGUGUUGAAUUAGGUCCUGCAAAGAAACAAAUGGAUACGGGUGAGCUUCAGAAGAUGAAAGCAAUGCUCGAAAAAGCACGGCAAGAAUCUAGAUCCAAAGAUGAGACUCUAAGGAAGCUAGAAGAAAACUUACAAAACCUGGACAGUAAGGCCAAAGGAAAGGACCAAAUUUACAGGAACCAACAAGAAAGGAUUAAAGAACUUGAAAGUCAAGUUGACUUAAAAGCUACUUUGCACAGCCAGUCAGAGAAACAAGUAUCACAACUUUCUGAUAGAUUGAAGGGGAAGGAAGAGAUUUGUUUUGAUCUCCAUCAAAAGGUCAAGGAACUGGAAGCCAAGCUUAUGGAGAGACAACAAUCAGAGUCUUCAAUAUACCAACAGAAGGUUAGAGAUCUUGAGAACAAGCUGAAAGAGAAAGUGCAAGAGUCUGAGUCCAGUUCCUUCACCCUUCAGCAAAAGAUUAAGGAGCUUGAGAUGAAACUGAGAGAGUCGGAACAAACAUCAGAAUGUGUUUUACUUCAUCAAAAGAUAAAGGAGCUUGAGGGGAAACUGAAACAAUCGGAAGAGAAUUCUGAACCUGUUUUACUUCAUCAAAAGAUUAAAGAGCUUGAAGACAAGUUGAAGGAGCAGGAGCAGCUGAUGUUGCAGCAGAUGCAAACUUGCAACUUCCCUGAUGGCUUAAGGGCUACUCCCAGUGAAGGUAAAGCUUGUGGUAGAGAUGAAUGUUUCAUCAGAGAUAUUGAGCCACAAGUUCUGGGUAUUUCGAAUUCAAUUAACCGGCCUAUGAGUCAAGGCUCAGCAUUGCCAAGAAGAAAUGCUUCUCUUCAUGAGACAAGAAAAAGGGAAUCUAGAAGUGGAGAUUCAGAAAACAAUAUGUUGACUACUUUGAACGAUAAGAAGAUUAGGAAAUCUGAUCCACCCAAGAUUGCUAGGGUAAUGAGAACAACAACAACAAAGCCAGUCUCCUCUGCUCAAGGGCCUAUGACUCAUAAAAGGAAUGUCAAGGAUCAGGCUCCAGGAGCUAAGGAGAGGGAUACGAAGAAAAGGAUUUGGUCAAGAUAGGUAACUGAAUUGACUAAACUCAUUAGUUGCUGUUUAUUUAGAGCUUUUACAUAUUUUAGUUUGCAUAUAUGUGUAUAUACGGGGCUGAUCAUAUCCUCCAGUAGAAGUGAAAUAGACUCAUUGAACUGAGAGAAAAAGUACAGUUCCUUGCUAAAAGUUGAGGAUUUUAUCACUACAAAAUGAUGUCAUUUCAGGCACUUCCCAAGAUUAUAGCUAGCAUUUAACAUGCAUGAUUCUGAUUUAUUUGCUUGGCAAACUCCUGUAUAUCAGAGACAGCUUUGAACGUGUGAAAAUAUUUGCACCUCUAACAUCAUUCC